GAAUUUGAGUUCGAUAUCCGUCCUCCGAACAAACAGGACGUUAUACUGGCACAGAAUAUAUCCAUCAACUGCACUGCGCGACCCUCUGAACUCGUUCCCAUGAUUGUCUGGAAGUACUCCGAUGAGAGUACCGGAGAUCUGAAGGAGCUGUCGAGCCUCACGGAACGCACUGACGGACGUAUCUACCAGGAGGAGAAUGGCACCCUGGUAAUCUCGCAGGUGGAAGAGUCCGACCCGCGAAAAUUCCUUUGCUUCCUCACCCCGAAGGAGUCAUCCACAGCCACCCCGAUCAGCGUUGCCGUCAAUCUCGAGGUUCAUGGUAGGUCUAUUCAGAUCAAAGUUAAGAAGACCGGAGAUGGAAGACCGGGUCCCAGUCAGCUUGACACGCGCAAAAAGUGCUGUUGUAUUUGGGAAGAGAGCGAUAUCGAGGUCGGCAUUGGGGUGGAAUCUUCUCCCUUAGCAGCCAAGCAGCACAUUGCUCGUUAUUAUAAACCUAACACGCUGGAAGCUAUUGGGAGGCUUCCAGCUUCUGGAUAUUAG